AUGAACAGGAUACAGCAAGAGAGUCAUUCUGGUGACAGUAGACAGCAGGAGAGUCAUUCUGGUGACAGUAGACAGCAGGAGAGUCAUUCUGGUGACAGUAGACAGCAGGAGAGUCAUUCUGGUGACAGUAGACAGCAGGAGAGUCAUUCUGGUGACAGUAGACAGCAAGAGAGUCAUUCUGGUGACAGUAGACAGCAGGAGAGUCAUUCUGGUGACAGUAGACAGCAGGAGAGUCGUUCUGGUGACAGUAGACAGCAGGAGAGUCGUUCUGGUGACAGUAGACAGCAGGAGAGUCGUUCUGGUGACAGUAGACAGCAGGAGAGUCGUUCUGGUGACAGUAGACAGCAGGAGAGUCGUUCUGGUGACAGUAGACAACAGGAGAGUCGUUCUGGUGACAGUAGACAGCAAGAGAGUCAUUCUGGUGACAGUAGACAGCAGGAGAGUCGUUCUGGUGACAGUAGACAGCAGGAGAGUCGUUCUGGUGACAGUAGACAGCAGGAGAGUCGUUCUGGUGACAGUAGACAGCAGGAGAGUCGUUCUGGUGACAGUAGACAGCAGGAAAGUCGUUCUGGUGACAGUAUACAGCAAGAGAGUCAUUCUGGUGACAGUAGACAGCAAGAGAGUCGUUCUGGUGACAGUAGACAGCAAGAGAGUCAUUCUGGUGACAGUAGACAGCAGGAGAGUCAUUCUGGUGACAGUAGACAGCAGGAGAGUCGUUCUGGUGACAGUAGACAGCAGGAGAGUCAUUCUGGUGACAGUAGACAGCAGGAGAGUCAUUCUGGUGACAGUAGACAGCAAGAGAGUCAUUCUGGUGACAGUAGACAGCAGGAGAGUCGUUCUGGUGACAGUAGACAGCAGGAGAGUUGUUCUGGUGACAGUAGACAGCAGGAGAGUCUUUCUGGUGACAGUAGACAGCAGGAGAGUCUUUCUGGUGACAGUAGACAGCAGGAGAGUCUUUCUGGUGACAGUAGACAGCAGGAGAGUCUUUCUGGUGAGAGUAGACAGCAGGAGAGUCUUUCUGGUGACAGUAGACAGCAGGAGAGUCGUUCUGGUGACAGUAGACAGCAGGAGAGUCUUUCUGGUGACAGUAGACAGCAGGAGAGUCGUUCUGGUGACAGUAGACAGCAGGAGAGUCAUUCUGGUGACAGUAGACAGCAGGAGAGUCUUUCUGGUGACAGUAGACAGCAGGAGAGUCUUUCUGGUGACAGUAGACAGCAGGAGAGUCUUUCUGGUGACAGUAGACAGCAGGAGAGUCGUUCUGGUGACAGUAGACAGCAGGAGAGUCAUUCUGGUGACAGUAGACAGCAGGAGAGUCAUUCUGGUGAUAGUAGACAGCAAGAGAGUCAUUCUGGUGACAGUAGACAGCAAGAGAGUCAUUCUGGUGACAGUAGACAGCAGGAGAGUCAUUCUGGUGACAGUAGACAGCAGGAGAGUUGUUCUGGUGACAGUAGACAGCAGGAGAGUCGUUCUGGUGACAGUAGACAUCAGGAGAGUCGUUCUGGUGACAGUAGACAGCAGGAGAGUCAUUCUGGUGACAGUAGACAGCAGGAGAGUCGUUCUGGUGACAGUAGACAGCAGGAGAGUCUUUCUGGUGACAGUAGACAGCAGGAGAGUCUUUCUGGUGACAGUAGACAGCAGGAGAGUCGUUCUGGUGACAGUAGACAGCAGGAGAGUCUUUCUGGUGACAGUAGACAGCAGGAGAGUCGUUCUGGUGACAGUAGACAGCAGGAGAGUCGUUCUGGUGACAGUAGACAGCAGGAGAGUCGUUCCGGUGACAGUAGACAGCAAGAGAGUCGUUCUGGUGACAGUAGACAGCAGGAGAGUCGUUCUAGUGGCGGCAGGUGGGUCGUAGCGGUGACAGCCGAUGAAAGAGCGGCUGGAGAUUACCCCUUGACCGUCGUAGGGCUGGGAACACAAGUGCCCUGA